UCCGAGCCCAUGGCUUACCCCCCUCUAUCUCUCUGCAACUUUGUUUCAGUUUUCUCCCAAAUCAAAUGGCGAUAACCGUAUUUGAAGCUUGCAAGAAAAGAAAAAGAAGCCCAAAUAUCUUCACCACUUCUCACUUUUCCUCUACGGAAUCAUCGAUGAUGGAAUUUCGCGCUUCAUUUAGAGAGAACAUCAAACAAUUUCUUAAACGAUGCGCAGAGAGUGAAGAUUAUAGUAUUGGUGGAAAUUCAGUUUGGUGUGCUUUGCUUGUUAGUGAAUCCAGCGGCGUCGUUUUUCCUCUCUACAUCGUUGAGGAGAACAUGAAGGAUUCUUCAUCGUCGCAGUCUCUUUGUGACCUUUGCAGAUUCGUUGGCUGGAGUCACCAUUUUGUGUCCAAAAGAAACUAUCACCUCAUAAUUCCAGAGGAUUGUAAAUGGAGUAGGCCUUUAAAGAAAGAGUCCCUUAAACUACAAACCCAUCUCUUACACGGUGUCAUUCACUGCAAUGGCUUUGGCCAUUUACUUUGCAUCAAAACUAAAGCAAAUUUAAGCUAUCUUCAAGGAGAAGAACUCAUGAGUCUUUGGGAUAAUAUGUGCGACAUUCUUCAAACUCGGGAUAUUUCAGUUCAUGAUAUGUCAAAGGAGGGAUCCAUGGACCUUAGAUUACUUAAUGGAGUUGCAUAUGGGCGUUCUUGGUUUGGUAAAUGGGGUUACAAGUUAUACCGUGGAAGCUUUGGUGUCACAAAGCAGCAAUACAAUAGAGCUAUUGAAAUCCUUAGCUCAUUAGAGCUUAGUAAGAUUAUUCAUGAGUCCAGCACAAAAAGACAAGGAAAAUUGAUUGAGGAAAUUAUUCAAACUUAUAUAAAAGUUAGUGAGACCCCAUUGGUUACUAUUAGUGAUUUAUUCCACUUCAUGCUUUCUUUUGAGUCCAAAUCCGCUAUCCAAAGAAAAACAGCAGUAGCAUUGGCUUCAAUUUUGUCAAAAUCCUCAACAGACAUAAAACCUCAAGCCAAAACGCCUAAGCUGCAAAGCCAUCCAAAUGACCAUAAGUCGCUUGCUUCUUUUGUUGCUAAAUUGGAUACUAGAUGGCCUGCGAGAAGAUUGGAGUAUGCAGUGAAAGUAAUUUUUCAAAGUCUGGAAACAAAUGGAGCUAGAAUGCUUCGCCAAGACUUGAGAGAUUCAGUUAGAGGUCAAAUUGGUGAUACUGGUUUGAUCGAUUGUGUUUUAAAACAUAUUGAUAAGGUUAUUGUAGGCGAUAAAAUUAUUCUACGUGCAACUAAUACUAGCAGGUUGUUAGAAUUUUCACUUGCAAAUAUUUCUGAUGCAGUUACAGAUGAAAGGAAAGUAGAGCCACGGACUAAUAAUACAUUGGCUCCACAACCAGGAUUAGAUGUUUACAAGGAUUUGCUUUACUUGUACAAGAAUGUUUUAAUGGGGUACCCUGAAUAUCAUGCAGUUAGUAUAGCAGCAAAAGUAAUCUUGGACAGCAAACAUUUUGUUAAGGAGAGGCAAUUUAAGAGCAGUAACGAGGACAUGUUACUAAGACUAAUUUGCCAAGUUAGACCGAGUUAUGAUGAGUUAGUGAAUGACCUAACUCGGCCAUUGCCUCCAGGUGAAAUAGUCACGGCUCAAGAACGUACAACAGUUUGUGAGCUGAAAAUGAUAGUGCAAUAUGCAUUGAGAGAUACUUAUUGUAUAAUGGAAAAUUUUGUAGUGAAAGAUAUACAGAUUGGUGAAUUGGUGACAAAGGAGGACCAGGAUUUGGUCAAGUGUGGUGUGGAGCAGGGUAUGCAGGUUUGGGUGAGAGGGCAUGGACUGGACUUGGGUACAAAGAUGAGGUAUCAAGGUGGGGAUAAUGAUUGGACAGUGGAUUGUAGAUGUGGGGCAAAGGAUGAUGAUGGAGAAAGAAUGGUGGCAUGUGAUGUUUGCCAUGUUUGGCAGCAUACUAGGUGCAACAACAUUAAGGAUGGGGAUGCUCCUCCUUCUCUCUUUCAAUGUCGUUUGUGCAGUUCCAGGAUGAAGAAGAAACAGGCUGCAAGUUGUAACUCAACCAAGAAAAAAGGCUUGCUGGUAUAGCUAAUAGCUCCAUGUGAAUUGUGAAAAGUUCUGUCGGCAUGCAAACUAUUGUACAAAGGAAGAAUUCACUCAAUGACUUGGCCUUAUUUCAUUAUUCAACCUGUUGAAUUCUUUUUUGAAAAAAAAAAGUUAUUUGCAGGAAAAUUUUAUGAAAAUUGAAUUAAACUUGGAAUUUAUUUUGUAUAUUGAUUAAGUGAAA